CUCACAAUGGCUAUGGCUAAGCCAGAAAGUUCAUCAUAUACGUAACCGAUUGAUUUCCAAUGCAUUGCGAAAAAAGAGUAUCCGUGCGUCGGGAUAUUCAAACGAUUUUCAUUACAUCGAUCUGUGUACUGAACGUGCCUAAGCGUUUAUGUACAUCGAAAUUCAAUAAGUAAUUAUUAACGGUAAAAAAAACGAAGAAGAAAAGAGAAGUAUGGGACUGAUGACGAUGUAUCAAUAGUAGAGAGAAAUGAAAAAAAAAGUGCUAGCAGCGUGUACGCAUUCACGCAAAACGUCGACGACGGCGACAGCAACGACGAGUGAAAACCCUCGGUAGAACACUUGUGUCAUUUGAACAACACAGGAAUCGGGCGCAUACACAAUCACAUAUUGUCAACCUGUCACAAAUACAUACACACUAAUACUGAUACAUAGACACAUACAGGCGAGCGCGAAGCAGCAGCUCGAACAAAAUUUUCCCGAAAUCAAUGUGUACGCAAGCUCUUUAGGACUUUUCUUUCCGUUCAUUCGGUCGUCUCGCGCGCGUAUACGUAUGUAUUAUCAGUGAGGAAAACACAGAGAAUUUUAUUCAUUAUUGUUAAUAUUUUGAAAGGCGUCUAUUUCAACAACGUACAUCGUUCUCUGUUCAACGCAUGCCUACUCUCAACGCUGUCCUUUUUCAUCCAAUUGACGACGACGACGACGACGACGUCGACGACAGAAGAAGAACAGCGUUUAUUUCGCUGCUUGCUCGCUUUUUUUGCUUCUCUUGUUCACUCGCUCAAAUAAGCCCUUUUCAUUCGCGACUCUUAGUAUUUUAGUUUUCCUUCGACGAAUUAUGUUGAUAUCGCUUUGCACACACAAAAACGGCAGAAAAUAAAACGAGAAACCAGCGAAAAGCAAAUAGAGAUAGAAAAGAAAAAAACAGUGAAGAAAAGCGAAAAAGCGAAAUCCAAAUAAAUUCUAAUCCGUUGAACGGGUGAAUUUAUUUCAAUAGUGAAAAGAAUAUUUUUUUUUCGUUCUUUAUAUUUAUUUAUUUAUUUUUUUAUUCGACGAAUUUUCUGUUUGAGUUUUUUUUUGUAUAUUCUCGCGCGCUCGGUGGAUCUGCGUAAAAUUUUCAGGAGAUAAAUUUCCUUCCUUUAUACAUAUACAUUUGUGUGUUUUUGUUGUUGUUGUGCUUACUCUCGACGACACUUCAACAUUAGUACAUUCUUGCAUUAAAACGAGAUCGGUCUCGCAAAAAGAGAGAGAGAGAGAGAGAGAGAGACAGCAACAGUUAACGGAUCAACCAAAGCACAGAUAUGGGAUGUGGGCAAAGCAAAAUACAUUUGUACCCGAGGAAAUCGAAAAGCAAAACAAAUGGAAAGAAAAGCGGACACACUGAUCCAGACGCUGAUGCGGACGAAGAAGAAGGACACAUUUCCAACGAGAAUGAAAAGGAAAUUAACAAGGACAAAGAACGAAUCGAAGAUGAUACAUUGUCAGAUGAACAAGGAUCUCCAGAGCAGCCAAAUAAUGAAAUUUCCAUAUCACUGUUAAGGGCAAAAAACUUGUCGUUGUUACAAAGCCAAGAAAUUUCGUCCAGCCAACAGAACUUUUUUCGAGUUUUGGACCAAAAAAUCGAAGAUGGUCCUGAUUAUGAUUCAUCGAGUGAAACCGAAAUGGCCCUAGAAGAAGCACGCCUAAAUGCGCUUGUCCAACAUUGGGAAUCGGCUAGCCUAACGGCAUCAUCGCUUUGUUCGUCAGCAAGUCGGUCGUUGCAGGGUACGCCCGUUCGACAAACCGCCAUGAGGCCUCAAGACCAACAGCAACAGCAGCAAUGUGGCAUUGCAUCCGUUCGCAUAGUUGGUAAUGCCAUGAAUGCGAAUAGCCGACAAAGACCUGCCACAGUGAAUGUUGCCAACACAAACGUUGGCAUCACCACAAAUAAUCCAAACAUUGUAGGUAACAUGCUACCACAACAUGUUCCAAUUUCAUACUACACACACUCAGCACCUCAAACUUCAUACUUUAACGAUGUACUACAUCCAAUGCAGGUUCCACAGAUGCAACCUGAGCCGCGGUUUCCACCGGCAAUAAGUGUACAGCGCCUAGCUCCACAAGUUCAGCGACAAAUUCGUGAAACGCAAGAAUUAAUAAAAGACUCGUGUCCACAACUCUAUGCAGCUGGUUAUGGUAGCCCUGGGCCCCCACCGAUGCGUACACAACCACGUCAACCAACGCGACGUCCCACCCUUGAAACACAGUUCUCUCAAGAAUUAUCGUGAUAUUUGGAUUACUAGUCUGAAAUUAUUUAUUUAAAACACAUAAUAAUUUAUUACUAAAUCCAUGUUUAAGUGAAAUGAAAUGAAGACAAAGGAAAAAAAAUGGGAAAAAAUGAAAACAAAUGCUAAAAUAGAUGUUUAAAUUGUAGUUUAGAUUGUCCAAUCCUUAAGCGAAAAAUAUAUUAAUGAAUGAGGAAGGUGAAGAAACAAAAUUGGAAAACCAAAACAAAAUAUUUAAAGAAUUACAAAAAAAGAAAUUAAUAAAUAAAUUCCAAUCGAACAUACUGAAGAAGAGCAAUUGAUUUUAGGAAUGUAGCAAACAAAAAGUGAAACAAAACCUUACCGAUUAAUUGAACCGUUUACAGAGAUAAAAAUGUCAGAAAGGGAAAGAAACAAAGUAGCAAAUGAAAAGAAGACGAACAGUCAAAGCGAAUGAAAAAUGAUAUUGACUUUAGUCAAUAACCGAAAUAACAAAAACUGUUCUAGUGUGUAUCACAUGCAGUUAAAAACAGAACAGAACAAAAAAAAUAGUUUGUAACAAAGACAAAUCGUUUGCAUUGCAAUUCAGCCGAUUUAUUUCCACUCGACACGAUGAACUGUGUGAAUUUCUCUUUUCCGUCGAAGCUCUUUUGCACCUGUUUACAAACGGAUUGAAAUGUAUCAAAGCAUGCAAUUUUAAGGCUAGUCCAAAACAUGACAUGAUUGAAAAAUUUGAUACAUUCAAGUUGAUACUUGCAAAUUAUAUCUGAAUUAUUCAAUUGUACACAGAAAUGAUUUCAAUUAUGGAAUAGUUGCUCCAUAAUUAUAAGCAAUUAUUGACCAAUUGAUCAUGAAUUUCAAUAACAAUUUGAAAACGUCGCUUUGAAUUCUUUUUAGAUACACAAAUUUUAUUUCCACAAUUCAAUCAAUCGCUUGAAACUAAUUUCAAAAGCCACUGCCAGUAGAGUCAGAAGCAAAUGAUACUCGACUCUGCAGAUAUUGUGCCCAUAAUUGAAGCUUAAAGCUCUGCAUUGAAUUCCUCUUUUAUUCUUUUUAUUUUAUUUUAUUUUCAUCAAGUCUCUUAUUUCAUAGUGUCGAGUGGUGAUAUCCCGGCAAAAUUGCAAUCAAAUCGAACCUAUGAUUAUGUUAUAUGACCUGAAUUGAAAUGAUAUUUAUAGGUAUGUAUGCAAUAUUUUCAGUACAAUUCCUGGUGUUAAAUCCACUGCAAACUAUAAUUAAACAUAACGAUAAAGCAUAUUAACGAGCAAGCAAAAAAUAAUCGAAGCAACAUUGAUUGGUCCAGCUGAUUCAAAAUCAGACCUUAGAUUGCGUUACCAAGCAAAUGUUGAGUGAAAAGCACUUUUUCGAUUCGAAAUCGUGACAAGAUUUGAAUUUCGAAUUGAAAGGUUGAGAAUUGUUAAGGUUAUUUCCAAUUGCGAUUGGAAAAUGAGGAAAAUUUUUUAAUUCUUUCUUUCUCUUGAAUUAAAAUUUCUAAUAAAACAAAUUGGAAAGAAAGUAUAUAUAUCUUUUUCAAAAUAUUCUUGCACUCAUAUUUCUGUCAGAACUCGAUAUUUCCAACUCAACUAAUCAACCAGUACUAUAUGGAUCAAGACACUUGCUGUUCUAAUGUUCAGAAUCUAAACUCAACCAUUGAAUUUGUGAAAGUUAAAAAAACCUCAAAUUUCAAUGUUGUAUGAUCUAUUUGAAACUGGUGGCUAGUUCCAAACUUGUGACCGAUUGCAACAUGCUGUCUUUCCACCUGCAUUGAAUUCAUUGAUUCAGGGAUUGUGCUGAGAAUAUUGGCGCACGAUGGAAAACCAAACCAAACAAAAAUUAACAUACAAAAAAAAAUACAUGUAUAGAAUAUUUUCGACUGAUUGUAAGCAAUUAUUGAAUUCUAUUUCGAAACGAGAGUUCUAAUUUUAAUAAAUGAAACAAAAAAAAAUCCACUAUUACUAAAUUUAUAAUCUAAAUGUCAUAAAUAAAUUGUAAUAUUUAAAUGAAAUGAAGCAAAAAAAAACAACAACAACAACAAAACAAAAGCACUAAAGCAUAAUCUAAAAGCAAACGUAAAUCAAUUCGUUUUCACAUCAAUACACAUACACAUACACACAAGAACGUAUUUGGCCGAGUUGUUAGUUCCAUUAGUUCAAAACAAAUUCAGUUCAAACAGAAAAAAAAGAUUACAUGACAUUGAAGGGAAUUACAAUGCUGCGAAUCUCCGCCGGAAAUGAAGCUUUCCCCUUUUUCCUGCAAAAUUAGCGUUGAUAUGGUCUAAAUUUUGGGACAAAAAAUUCAAUUGUAUUCGAUAGCACUGUCUUUCUUUUUUUAUAGAGUGAUUGUGAUUUCGGCACAUCCGGCGUGAAAACUUGUGAUCGAAUGUGGGCAAAGUUUAGCAUAAUUUGUUUUGUUCAUGAUUACUACCAAUGAUAAAACAUGAUAGAGAUAUUUGCGCCUUUGUACGUAUCAAAUUUGAUUAUAUAGAACAAAAAAAAAUACCGUCCUUUUCUCCCCAACUAGCUGUCAUCACACUUCCCAUGAAAUUAUAAGUAUCAUGCGAUUUCUGUUUAAAAAAUCGUAUAGAAAAAAUCAUAUAUUUCAAUGGAGAAUUUCUUGUUUUUAUGUUGUAUUCAUUGUACUCAAAGAUGGUUUCCUUGAUUCAUCCAUUUUCGUUGAGUGUUUUGUUGCAUUCAAACGAAUAGACAACCACACUAACAAGUAAUAAACUUGUGCGAAAAUAACUACAUGCAAAUAAACUAACAAAAUAAUAGUGUAAUGAACUCAACAUGGGCCAAAUGUUUCGGCAAUCAUUUUGUAAAUGACAUAACUUAAAUGUAAAACCAUUUCAUAUUUGUACGGGUAUUGUUUUUAUGGGUUUUUUUUUACUAAUUUAUUUUUUUCCUCUGAUGAACAAAGACUUUCAAAUCCAUUUUUAUCAUGAAAAACAAACAACAACAACAACUUUUGCAUUGAACUAUCUAUCUAUCAGUCAUAGAAAACAGUUUCACUUCAUCCCCGUCGAAAAUACAACAAACGAACUGUCGGGAAUGAGAGGCUGAGUGAAUUUUUCCCAUUUUUUUUUCAAUAGUGGAACAUUCCAGGACACCGAAAGCAGAGCGUGUUAUGAGCUGAUGUCAGCAGCACUAACUGACGUUAGCUCAUAAUACGCUCUAACCGAAAGUGAAAGUAGAUUCUCUUGCAUGCAAAAGAGAUUCAUAUUGUCGCUGUAAUCGCCGAUUCAAAAAUCAAUUAAUUGAUCAAUUCUAUUCACGUAUAUUGGAUUUUUUCCGAGGGGCGAAUCACUCUAAAGUAAUUUGUAAUAGAGAAAGUAAUCGAGAAAGUAAUUUACGUGUAAAAAUCUCGAUUACUUUUCAAAAGUAAUCGAGAUUCUUACACGUAAAUUACUUUCUCUAUUACAAAUUACUUUAGAGUGAUUUGGCCCUCGAUUUUUUCGCGUACGAUUGAUCUAAAUCUUGCUUUUGUAUACAGUUUACCAAAGUUAACCUCUCAUUCGCAGAAAGUUCAUGCACACACAUUCACAAAAACAAACUAUAAUUCAGGUUUUUGAACAGAACAACAAAAAUGUCACAUAUAGAAAUAUUUAACAACGUUUUUUGUAUUAAUCGUUUUUUUUCGUGAACUAUUCCAUUAAAAUAUAUCGAAGCCAAAAAGAAUUUGGGCAACACUAUUCCCGUUAUUGCGAACGUGUCUGACUGCAACAACUGGAAAAAAAAACAUUUAACUCAACACACACACACAAAAUAUUUAAACUAAAGGAAAAACAUGAAAUUAUUGAAGGAAUAGGAGUACAAAUAUGCAGCACAAUGAACAAACAAACAAAUAAACAAAAAUGUAUAACUGGAAUAAAUAUUAUAACAUUGAAUGAUGUGGCGAAACGAAAGGAGAAGAAAAGUGAAAACUAAAAAUCAAAAAAAUACAAAAUAUGAUACAGAGUUGUAUUUUUUACUAAUAAUUAACACAACAAAUGGAAGCCAUUCGUUUGUUCCAGCUCGUUUUGAUUAGAAUGACUGCGAUGAAACACACAGCGAGGUACCGAAAUGGGAAUUGAGAGGCGAGAUAACGAACAAAUCGACACUUGUCCACUCGACACUUGUGCUCUCCUCUCUCUCGUCUUGAUUGCUUCGAUUGAAUAUUUCAAAUCGGUUUAACGACACAAAAAAUUCAAUGUGUAUAAACAAAGAGAUUUCAAUGAAAAUGAAAUUAUGUGUAUAUAUUUUCCAAAGAAAAAAAAUGAUAAAAAAUAUAAAAACAAAAACAAGAAAAAAAAACAAACUGAUACGCAAUUGAACAAUUUUCAAACACUUAAAAAAAUGACAUAGGCUUAAGUUUAAAUCUAAAUAUACCAAAAACAAUGUUUCUCCCUUAAAUUAAAUUAAAUGAUAAAUUGAAGACAUCACAUUUUUGAACAACCAUAUUUUUUCUUUAAUUGACGUUUUCCUCUGAAACAAAGACAAAAAAAUGAAUGAAAAAACACAUACACACACAUACAUUUAUGUAUAGAUAAAAUGAAAAUGAAUCAAUAAUAAUUAAUAAAAUGAAAAUGACAAAAUCAAUGUUUUACAUACUUAAUUUAUUCAUAUUAGAAGAAAAAGUACACAACAACACUGUCGAAAUUUAAAUUUAUGUACUAAUGUUGCAAAAAUUUAUGGAAAAAAAAAAUUUAGUACCUACCAAAUUAUUAAACUUUAGAUCAUCUAGUACAUAAAAGGAAAAAAAAAACAGAUAUGUGCUUUAUAUAUUGUUUUAAUAAAUUUAAUGAAAAUUCAAUGCGAAA